AACAUCAUCAAUUUGAAAGAUUGCAGGUCUCUUCUGAAACAAGUAUGGUGGAGCCGUGGAGGUAUUGCCGUUCUGUCUAAGAUUCACAGAGAGAAUGGUUUAGUAGCUGAUGCUCUUUCAAAGUUAGCACACCAGAAUCGCAAUGGGGAGACUCUAUUAGCUCCGCUUACACUCUUGUACGCAGAGGAGGAUACGUGUUUCCGCUGCGCGAAUUUCUGAAACGCAGAGCUACGAAGCAGCAUAAGUAGAAUCUUGCUCUGCUCUGUGAUUGCCAUGGCGGCGAAAGCAAGUCCUUCAUCGAACCUCCACAAAUCCGUUGCCAUUUCUAAGGGAUACAACUUCGCCUCAACUUGGGAACAGAAUGCUCCCCUCACCGAGCAGCAGCAAUCUGCGAUUCUUUCACUCUCUCGUGCUGUUGCUGAGCGGCCGUAUCCUGCCAAUCUGGCCCUAGAGCAUGCCCCAAGAGCGGAGAAUGGCGGCUUGACUGUCUCUACUAAGGACAGUGCUAUGAGAGAAACUCAAGGAAUUGAAGCAGUUUUAGUCAAUACGAAUCAAUUUUACAAGUGGUUCACAGAUCUUGAAUCAGCCAUGAAAUCUGAGACAGAGGAAAAGUAUCAGCACUAUGUGAGCACAUUAACAGACCGCAUUCAGACUUGUGAUGAUAUACUUCGCCAGGUAGAUGAAACACUAGACCUUUUCAAUAGCUUACAGUUGCAGCACCAAGCAGUAGCUACAAAGACAAAGACUCUCCAUGAUGCUUGCGAUAGACUGGUAGUAGAGAAGCAAAGACUAGUGGAAUUUGCAGAUGCACUUCGCAGUAAACUGAGAUACUUUGAUGAAUUGGAGAAUGUAAGAUUUCUUCCAAUUUUUAUUCUCCAAACAUGAAUGUUGGAAAUGGAAACUUUCUACCUCUACUGAAGCGGCUGGAUGAGUGUAUAGCGUAUGUUGAAAGCAAUCCACAAUAUGCCGAAUCAAGUGUUUACUUGCUCAAAUUUCGGCAACUGCAGUCUCGAGCCCUCGGCAUGAUUCGCUCUCAUGUUCUUUCAGUCUUGAAAGGCGCUUCUUCUCAGGUCCAAGCAGCUAUCCGGAGCUCUGGUGGCAGUAAAUCAUCUAUGUCUGAAGGUGUGGAAGCAUCCGUUAUCUAUGUUCGGUUCAAGGCAGCUGCUAGUGAGCUCAAACCUAUACUGGAGGAGAUUGAAGGUAGAUCUGCUAGAAAAGAACACGUACUGAUGCUUGCAGAAUGCCAUAAGUUGUAUUGCGAGCAGAGGCUUUCGUUGAUAAAAGGCAUAGUGCAGCAACGGAUAUCUGAGUUUUCCAAGAAAGAAGCUUUGCCAUCAUUAACUAGAUCUGGUUGUGCAUAUCUGACACAGGUAAUGUUGUUAACCCUUAAACCCGCUGGUUGAUUUGAUGAAUUAGCUUUUUGUCCCUUAUUUUAGAUUUUCCAAUUCACCAAGAAAUUUUAUGUAUGCCAUGAAAUCUGGCAUUAGUAAUUUGGUUUCUUACUGGUAUCAUCGCUACUGGCUUGGUAUCAAAGGGGAAUCAUCUAGUCAAACUCUGUCUGCAUGAGAUGAGGGGCAUGUAUAUGGUUCUCUUCAAAUAGCUUGCAGGCUUCAUAUGCACUAUGCAAACUAAUACUAGGCUAGCCAUUGCUGUGGUUCCAUGAUCGAUCCACGAAGAGCCAUACUAGAACCUCCUUGUUAUCUUACACCACUAUGGACAUUAAUUUUCUUGUCGAGCCAUUAUGUUGCUCACUUAAUUCCUAUGCAUUCACUAUUCUUCGUGGUUUUGGAAAUUCGCUCCUUGAAGGUACAUGUUCAUGUCUAGUUUUUCUUUCCAUUUCAUGAAAGACUUCUAUCCAUUUUCCUAAGUCCACCUCCAUAAUUGCAGGUAUGUCAACUUGAGCAACAGCUCUUUGAUCACUUUUUCCCAUCUUCUUCAGAAGAUAUCUCUAGUUUGGCUCCACUGAUAGAUCCUCUGGCAACAUACUUGUAUGACACCCUACGACCAAAACUUAUACAUGAGACAAAUGUUGAUCUUCUGUGUGAACUUGUUGAUAUACUAAAAGUUGAAGUCUUGGGAGAGCAGCUUAGCAGGAGAAGCGAGUCACUUGCUGGGCUGCGUCCGACACUGGAAAGGAUUUUAGCUGAUGUUCAUGAACGCCUGACAUUCCGUGCUCGAACUCAUAUCCGUGACGAGAUAGCAAAUUACAUUCCAUCUGACGAAGACUUGAAUUACCCUGCCAAGCUAGAACGGAUUAAUGAGACAACGUCUGAAACUUCUUCGGUUGAUGAAAAUACAGAGCUGUUUAAAUCUUGGUAUCCGCCUCUGGAGAAAACUUUAUCAUGCCUUUCUAAGUUGUACCGUUGUCUUGAACAAUCCGUGUUCACUGGUUUGGCACAGGAAGCAGUGGAAGUUUGUGCUGAUUCCAUUCAAAAAGCUAGCAGGCUGAUUGCUAGGAGAACAACAGCAAUGGAUGGGCAGCUUUUCCUUAUUAAGCACCUUCUAAUAUUAAGGGAGCAGGUUAUCUCCAAGAUUUUCAAUUUCAAUGAUUUUGUGGCUUUCUAUUGGUGGAUACAAUCUAACGUGCAAUCCUGGGUAUAUCAGAUUGCACCUUUUGAUAUAGAAUUCUCAGUCACACACAAGGAGCUAGAUUUCUCUCAUUUACUGGAGCACCUGAGACGGAUACUUAGAGGUCAGACCUCACUAUUUGAUUGGUCAAGAUCAUCCUCUUUGGCAAGAACCUUAUCUCCUAGAGUGCUAGAAAGCCAAGUUGAUGCCAAAAAGGAACUUGAGAAAAGCCUAAAGGCCACGUGCGAGGAGUUCAUCAUGUCGGUCACUAAAUCAGUUGUGGAUCCAAUGCUCUCAUUUGCAACAAAGGUGACGGCAGUGAAAGUUUCCCUGUCUGCGGGUAGUCAGAACCAAAGAGCAGAUUCAAUCAUGGCCAAGCCGAUCAAGGAUCAAGCUUUUGCUUCUCCCGAGAAGGUGGCUGAACUUGUUCAGAAGGUUCAUGCUGCCAUCCAGAAAGAGCUGCCACCGGUGAUGGCCAAAAUGAAGCUCUACCUGCAGAACCCUUCAACUCGAACGAUACUUUUCAAGCCCAUCAAAACGAACAUUGUCGAAGCUCACAUUCAGGUCCAGUCGCUGUUGAAAGCGGAGUACUCCCCUGAAGAGCAAACCACCAUCAACAUGGUCCCCAUUCCAGAAUUGCAAGCACAGCUCGACAAACUCCUAUGAGUCGGUUGUACUAUGUUAUGUAUAGUCUACACACAAAACCUGCUUCUUCUUGCUCGUUUCCCAUCACCGGAUCUUUCAUCGACGCUGCUAGUGCAGUCGUAAUGUGUUAUUUUGCUAUACAAAUUCGGUUUUUAUGACAUUAUGCGGGAACUGUAAUGUCGUGUUUAUUUCUGUAGGAUUUGAUGCUGGGUUUUCCGAUGUCGUGUUAUUUUGCUAUACAAUUUUGGUUUUUACGACAUUAUGAGGAAACCUUCAUGAGGCAAAUUAAUUUCUU